GUCUUUGAUAUCUAAAUUCUAAACACAAACAUUAAUGCUCAGCUCCACAUGAAAAUGGGUUAUAACCAAUUAAUAGUUUCACUCCUUUUGCUCUUCCCCUUGUUCGUAGACCUCUCUAAUUCUCAAGCUUCGCCCGAUCUUUGCCUUCCCCACGACAAAAAUGUGCUCCUUGGUGUGAAAAAAGCAUUGGGCAACCCUUCCUCACUUUCGUCAUGGGACCCUAACACCGAUUGUGCUGGAUGGAAUGGGAUUCGAUGCAACAUUCAAGGCCAUGUUGUUACGGUCAUAAUCGAAGAUGCUGAAGAUAUCCACGGCCCUAUACCGCCCUCUUUAGACCAACUUCCUUCCAUCACUACACUCUACUUUAAUAGAAUUCCCAAUCUUUCUGGACCAAUACCAUCAUACAUAGGUAAGCUAACUAACCUCACCGAGUUUUCUAUUUCUGGAACCAAUGUCGGUGGUCCGAUCCCUGAAUUUUUGGGACAGCUCACAAACUUGAACCAACUAGACCUCUCCUCCAACAAGUUUACUGGAUCAGUCCCUAACUCUUUUGGGCAGCUCAAGAGCUUGACUAAUCUCGAUCUCUCUUCUAAUUUACUCACUGGACCAAUUCCUGAUGUCUUGGCCCAACUUACCAAUAUCCAACUCCUUACUCUUAGCUCAAAUAAGUUUUCCGGCCAAAUACCUGAUUUUAUACCCAAAAAACUCAAAAAUCUAGUAGUAAUACAACUCAAUUUUAACUCUUUGUCGGGCUCAAUACCAGUAUCUCUGGGCCUCAUGCCAAAAAUUCAAACAAUAGCGCUUGCCGGAAAUCAAUUUAAGGGCCUGGUCCCAAAGUCAUUAGCGCGUGGUAAUUUGAACUUUCUUUAUCUUAGUCAAAAUAAACUAACGGGAGACGCCUCGUUUUUGUUUGAAAAGGGCAACACCAAUAUCCUCAUUCUGGAGGUUGGGGACAAUCUUUUAAAGUUUGACUUCACAAAUGUAGACUUAGCCCCAAGCUUAUCGAGGAUGAACAUAAGUCACAACAUGAUAUACGGAUCUCUUCCUAAGGGAUUUGGCCGAUUAACACCGGAUUCUAUUGAUGUGAGUUAUAAUCAACUUUGCGGUCCAAUUCCAAAUGGUCGACGUUUCAAACGAGUCGACCCGGUCAUAUUUGCCCAUAACAAGUGCCUUUGCGGUGGCCCAUUUCCUGGUUGUAAGUAAAUGAAUGCUUAGUCAAAGUUGUCAGCCGAUAAGGCAUUCUUCUUUAGUUGGUAUUUUCAGUAGUUUGCAGUAGUGUAGUCCGUAUUAUUUAGUUUUGUAAUAGUAACUUUAGUAAGUUCAAUAUGUUAACUGUACUAAGGUCCUGUUCUUUUGGACUUUUUUGCAGUUCUAUUAAGUUCAGUUCAGUUCAGUUCAGUUCAACUCUAUUAAGUUCAAUUCAGUUCAGUUCAGUUCA